AUGGAGCACAAUCACCUGCUGGCAUCAGAGACAAGUGUGCAAUACAUUAGGCCUCAUAGAAAAGUCAGUGAUGCUGAAUAUGCGCAGGCCAAAAGUUUGAAGAUGGUUGGGGCUAGAAUCUAUCAGAUAAUGAAAUAUUUUGUUAUCAAAGCCGGAUUGUACAGUAAUGUGGGAUUUUGCAUUAAGAAUCUGUAUAACCGAAUGAAUGAGGAACAUAGAAAAGAUAUUUUUAAUGGUGAUGCAGAAGAGGCACUUGGAUUCUUGGUAGCGAAGAAGGAUGUUGAUGACAUGUUCUUUUAUAAAUAUCAUGUAAAUAACGAAGGAAGAUUGGUAAGGUUGUUUUGGGCAAAUUCUAAAUCUCGGGUGGACUUUAGUACAUUCGGAGAUGUGUUGGUGUUUGAUACGACAAACAAAACAAAUAAAUACCGCAAGCCACUGGUUGUACUUGCAAGAGUAAACAACCAUUUGAACAGUACUAUUUUUGGAUAUGCACUGCUAUCAGAUGAGAGGAUUAAAACAUACGAAUGGGUCCUAAGUAUAUUUAUAGAGGCUAUGGAUGGUAAAAAGCCAGUAGCAGUGAUGACAGAUAGGGACAGUACAAUGCGAAGAGUCAUAAAAAAUCUUCUCCCCAAUACUUGUCAUAGGUUAUGUUCGUCGCACUUGCAUAGAAAUGCAUCAAGUAAUAUUAGUUAUGAGGAGUUCAAUGACAGGUUGUAUAACCUGAUGGCAAAAAAGUGUAGCAUACAGGAGUUUGAGGAUUGGUGGGCUAGCUUAGUUAAUGAAUGUGGGGUGGGAGAGAAUGACUGGAUGAAAAAGUUGUACCACAGGAGAAGGUUAUGGGCAGAAGCCUAUUUGCGCGGGUAA